AUGAAGUGGACGUACCUCACUCUAGCUCUGGCAACGGCUACUGCUGUUGCCCUUCCCUCACCAAACAAGCCAGUAGAGGAACCACGCCCACAGCCGCAACCAGACGACGGUGAUGAUGACGUUUGUUACGCUGGUGACGAUCUCCUAGAUCUGCUAGAGGGACUGCCUUUCGCGGAUGAUUUCUGUCGUCACUUGCUUGACAUUGAACCUGCCAUCCUCACAAGCACUCACUCGGCAACUCCCUCGCCUCAAACUGUUUGGAUCACCGAUACUGUGACCGAUACUCAUACCUGGACUCAGACCGAUACAAAUGUUGUGUGGGCAACAGUGACCAAUACUCCUUCUACUGUCACUCAAUACAUUACCCUUACUGACACUGAGUCUGUACCUGCCACGGUCACCGACACGGAUUUCGCUACGAUUACAGGCUAUGUUACUGCUGAUGUCACAUCCUCUGUUUUUAUCACCAAUACUCAAACCUUGACAAGUGAUCUCACGCAAACCGAAACAGAUUAUUUCACGAAUGUUGCGUACAAUACACAGUCCGUUUAUGCUACUGAAGUUGUCACGGAGAGCUAUACCAACACCAUCACUGCCUAUUCGACGCUUGUUGUUACCGAUUACAUUACCUCGACAGUGCCCUUCUAUGUGUCCAACUACAUUACGGAUGUCACAACUCAGACCGUGACGAACUAUCAUACGGCUACUUUGACUUUGUCUUUCACCGAUACAGCCACGGCCACGGUUACGGAUGUCCAGUCAACCACCACGACGGUACCCCAGACUGUCACAACAUACCAGACUACAUCUUCUACCAUUAUUCAGACACAGGUGGAUACCGUAUCUAAUACCAUUCCGGUUACUCAAGUAAUUGAUACUACCUCCACGGCUACUACUUUCACCACCACUUCUUUUACUGCUACUGUAACGGCUGGCACUACUACUAUUGCUCCUGUGCGUCGACAUGCGCUAGCCGAGCGCAAAUCCGGCUCGGAUUAUCCUAUCCCUGACGAGUUGAAAGACUACUCGCGUAAGGAGCUCUCCAGUGCUUGCUCAGAAUUGCAUGUUCCUGCUGCCACCGAAACUGUAUGGGUUACUCAGGUUGUAGCUCGACCAACGUCCACUAGUACUACCACCACUCAUGUUCCAGCGGCCGGUGCGCAAACCGUUGUUGUCACCAUGUAUGUCACCGAUUACGUGACUUUGGCGCCAGCUCCUGUGACGGUUGCAGAAACAUCUGUUGUAGAGCAGACUAUCCCGUAUGCUGUGACUGUUGACGUUACUAGCACUGCUGAUAUUACCCUCACAAACACACAAACCGAUGUGGCUACUAUUACUGCCACUGAGGAUCAGUGGGCAACAGUGACUGACUGGGCCACGUUCGAUGCCACCGUUGACGCCACUUCGUCUGUUACUGUCACAGUUGAUGUUAGCGAGACCUCUUCAGUGACAGCUUUGGUCACCACUACGGCUACGCCCACAGUGACAAGCGACAUUACAGUCACCCAGGCUGUUCCUGAAACAGUGGAUGUGACAAUUGAUCAGACCGCUACUGCCACUGCUGACGUGACGAACACCCAAUCUACAUCGACCACUACCACGACAACUGUUACUGCAACAGUCGAUGUUCUCUCAGUCUCGACCUUCACUUCGACGUCCUCUGUAACCCUAACAGUCACCGCGCCAGUUACAGUGCCUACCACUGUUUACACAACCGUGCCAGUAACACAGACAGUUCAAUCAGUCUCGACCAUUGACGUGACUGUUACUAAAACGGUUUCAUCAACCACAACUACAACUGUCACGCCGGCUCCGACAUGUGGUUUCAGCGUUAUCCAAAACGGCAACUUUGACAACGGAGCUAUAAGCCCGUGGACCGCCACCCGAAGUGGUAGUAGUAGUACUAGCCUUGCCUAUAACGGCUCCCCGUACUACUUCUCAUUUUACAGUUUGCAAACCGCUGCAGGAACCGUAACGCUACAGCAGACAGUCAAUACAGUUGUUGGCCACACAUAUAGCUUUUCGUUGGCUUAUUACGUUCUCUUACGCGGUUCAGGAGCGACUCUUUCAUGCGGAUUCAGUAACGGAGCCACACUAUCUGUGCCGGUAAGUGCUGCGGUACUCGAUACGUGGUACACAUUUACCGGAUCCAUACUUGCUACCUCAUCGUCUUCCACCUUUGCCUGUACCGUUCACUCGUCUUUAGGAUUCAAAGUGGAACUAGAUAACUUCAGCCUACAGUGCUAG